GUGACAUCGUUCCGCUCAGGUGUCGGUACAAGAACGGCGGAGGUUUUCUGAGUGACGGACAGAUUCUACACACUACAUUUACAACAUGGCGAGGAUAUCAAGACAAGUCUUUUCAUGGCUGGGGAUCGCCUUUUUAGCAGUGUCGGUACGAGUAAGCCAUUCACAGGCGCCAACAACACCCCGCCAAACCCCAAGGCCCCUGGGAAGGUGUUCUGUGGAUGACGUCGUUAAGAGAAACCAGGAGUGCGAAUCAGAGUUCAUCUAUGCCUUGUGCACCAACCCGGACAUCGACUGUGUUACACACCCUGAUAUGACCCGGAUUGUGAACUGCACCAGAGAUGUGUACUAUGACUGUGUUGUCGGCAUCUUUGAAGAUGCAAUGGUCCAAAAUUUCCUUGUCACCAUAGCCACAGCUUUUAACGCUGCAGACCGUUACUGUAACGGGACAACAUUUCAUCCAGAACAGAUGAGAACAGAUGGAGAAGGGGUGGAAUGCGAGGAGCAAUAUUCCAAUGACUCAGCUGCAUGCAUAGAGCAGUUUAUGGAAUAUUACCUCAGCAAUAAGUCACACCCUCAGCUGUGCAGGGAGUAUGCUAUCAUGACUGACUGCAAGAAGUCUGCACUAGACGACCACUGCCACUCCGUGCACUUUGACAAACUGUACGAACUUCGCCUGCGCCUAAGAAGUGACUACAACCCGUUUUGCCAGUGCCCGAACCAGUACUUAGGCUCGACAACAACGAGUAGAACAUCUACUGUAAGCCCUUCUACAGUAACAGCGCCACCACCGCUGAUUAUCGGUACUGCAGCAACGGCCAAAGAUUCUCCAACAAGUGCUACUUCUACUACACAGGUGGUGACGUCUGUAGCUGGAACCACGAACGUUAUUGGCAUUCCUGUUACACCUCAAACGACAGCUUCUACAACACAAACACCAACGAUGGCAACGUCUGUUGUAACAACUACAACAUCUCAGGCGCCCACCUACCUCACCACAGUGGCUACUGAUGCACAUACCGAUCCAGCAACUGUGGCAAGUACUCCACAAACUACAGCAGUGAUAACACCAAGUGUUGCUACUACAGCACCGACUACAACACACGCUGUGUAUACAACAGGGUCCACGUCCACUUUACCAUCACCCACAACGCCUACAACAAUAGGCACUACAACGUCUUCUACGGCAGAGAUGGGCACUACAACACGUACAACAACAAAGAUGGGCACUGCAGCGACUACAACAACAGAUAUGGGCACCACAAGGCAUACAACCACAGAGAUGAGCACUACAACGCCUGCAACGACAGAUAUGGGCACUACAACGCCUGUAACGACAGAGAUAGGCACUACAGCGCCUGUAAAGACAGAAAUGGGCACUACAACGCCUGUAACAACAAACAUGGGCACAACAGCGCCUACAUCGAUGCAAUCGAUGGGCACUACAACACCUACUACAACAGAGAUGGGCACUACAACUCCUGCUACGACAGAUAUGGGCACAACAGCGUCUACAGGGAUAGGAACUACAACGCCUAAUACGACAGAUAUGGACACUACAACGCAUACAACAACAGAGAUGGGCACUACAACACCUACAACGACAGAUAGAGGCACCAAAACGUCUACAACAAUAAGAACUACAACGCCUACUACGACAGACAGGAGCACUACAGUGACUACAACAACAGGGAUAGACACUACAACAUCUACAAGGACAGAUAUGGACACUACAACGACUACAACUACGACAAAGAAAGACACUUCAACGCCUACAACUAGAAGAAAUGAGUCUACGAGAGAAAGAAGGACUACUACAGGCCAAAACAGCAAGUCAGACAGAACUACUGAAACGCUCCAAACGGCCCAAGAACAGGGCCCACCCGCUGCAGUUAUAGCUGCGGCCGCUGGCGGCGUGACUGUCCUAGGCGUGGCUGGCAUCGCAGCUUACGUCAUCAAACUAAAAUUCUGUAAACCUUCUAGAGUUUACAUCGCGUAA